AUGAGGCCUCACCGAUUGCUAAUCCUGGUGCUGUGCACUUUGGCUUCAUCUAUCCUUGCUGAAAAGGUACUCGUGACGAACAAGUCACUUCGGUUCUGCACAGGCAUGUACAGUAAACGAGACUGGGAUGGCGAUAUCGAACCUCACAUCGAAGUGGAUUUACAAUAUUUCAAGUUAGGCAAUAACAAUGUGCAAUCCGUUUCUAUCGUCAUAUUUGAAUAUAACGAUGUGGAUGCAUUGGGAGUGAGUGUUUCUGAUCUUUCACUCCCAAAGACCAACUAUUUGUGCUCGGAAGAGCUCGUUGCCAAAGGGUUAUGUGACACUAGUGAGCUGUAUCAGUUCAUCGUCAACAAAAACGUCACUCCCAAGGCCGAAAUAUUGACCAGCUUUCUUACCAGUUAUGGUGAUAACGGCUUGCGGUACAAUAUUUCGAAAACAGGCUACUACUGCGUAGCAUGUUCUUCUCCACUUGAUUUGGGAAAAUCGCAGAACGAAUUCAUAGUUCAGGUAAACUUCCAGAAUUCCUAUGGAAAUUUGCCUGCAGCAGAAAUCCCCAAGCUGAAGUUUUAUGGCCUGCUGGCUGUUCUGUAUGCGGUCAGUCUGUCUGUAUACCUGUUCCAAAUGUUCAUCCACAGAUCUGAGCUUCUCAAGUUACAGAAAUGCCUUGCAGGGUUUUUUGUGUUCUUUACGGUGGAAAGCAUCUUAACAUGGUUUUUUUAUGCUUUCCUUAAUGAAGACAAAAUGUCCUUAUUACACCCAGUUUCUGGUGAUGUUGUGGCGUACAAGUUGUUCGUGUCUUUUUUGAGUGCGCUCAAGGUACCGCUUGCACUUUGGCUGUUGGUUCUCAUCACUGCUGGUUACGACCUCGUGUAUUCUAAGAUCAUCCCAAAACAUGAAGAUGAUCUAGUUGUGUCCUUUUUUGUUGGCUUCUGUUACUUCUUUUUUGGCUUAGGGUUUACUCUGUUGUCAUUCUACAACACCGUAUCCCAGCCACCAUCAGGUCCCUUUGGGGCUUACAACGAUUCAGCCGCUGGGGUGGGGUUAUGGUUUACAGGUAUCCUGUGUGCUUGUUUUUAUAUGAUCAUUCUCCACUUUGCUUUCAAAAGUCUUUCGAAUACCCAGAAGGUGUUGGCGGAAAGCAAACAGCGCACAAAGUUAAAGUUGUACCAGAAUUUUUUCUGGUUUCUAUGUAUAUCUGUGUUGCUGCUGAUUUUUGCUACAGUUCUCUUAAUCGCGUUGCAGAUCGGCAACUCAUUCACCGAAUUCAGGAAUCUUCGCAGCCUCUUCGAUUUGUUGUCCUCUUGUAUUUUCGUUGUUGUGUUCAUCGGUGUCGUCUUCAUGUUCAGACCCAGCCAUGAAUUAUAUCUGCUGAGCUGCAGCGGCAAGGAUAUUGAGAAUGAGUUUCCUGAGGAGCCAUCUGUUGGGGUUGAUAGCGGCGAUUUUGAAUUGGAUGAUCUGGCCGGAGAGGAGAGUGCUAGAUUGGUCGGUUCUUCCGAAAACCCAUAUGACGGUGAGCGAGAACUUGAUUCAAAUAACCAACCUCAUAAUGGCGGGAAUGAUGAAAAAAUUUCGCCUCCUCCUAGUUAUGGUGAACUUGAACACGACGAAUCCGAGAACGAACGGAGAUCUUCUUAG